CACAGCAACAUCUAUAUAAGCUAAUGAUCCAGGUCGCAUACAACCACUAUUGUCUUGGAUACCAAUUGGAAUUUUCUUUACUGUGACUUGAAUUUUCUAGUUAAAAUGCAUAGACUAUUAGCUAUUCUAGCGUUUAUAUCGGCCAGUAACGCUCUGUACCCUCACCACCAUCACCACCCAGCGAUAUCCCACCAGGAGGUGAUCAAGCACGACGGGCCUCAUCACCCGAUACCGAUCCACCACCCGGUGCCCAUCCAUCACCCGGUGCCCAUCCAUCACCACCUACCCAUCCACCACGUGCCCAUCCACCACCACGUCCCAAUACACCAUGUGCCUAUACCAGUACACCAUCAUGUGCCGCAUCACGACCAUUACGCAUUCCCAGAGUACAAAUUCGCGUACUCAGUACACGACCAUCACACUGGUGACGUGAAGUCGCAGCAUGAGUUCCGGCAUGGAGACGUAGUACAAGGAGGCUAUGAACUGGUGGAACCUGACGGCCGCUCCAGGAAAGUAGAGUACAAAGCUGACGAUCACACCGGUUUCAACGCUAUCGUCCACCAUUCGUCGCCUCAUCAUCAUUUCCAUCUGUCGCAUCAUAUAUGAUCCAGAGCAACCUCAACAAACUUUCAAUAGACAGCUUAAGAUACCACAAAGAUGUACUGCACAAAAUACCUCAGUUUAUAAUUGAAUAAAGAUAGCGCUAUUCUUUUA